AUGGGACCACUGGAUUCGGCAAGCGCCGAGAAAAUCGGUCAGCUGUUGCCCUUGAUGCCCAGCAGUCAGCCAGCGCUGUCUGCUGAGGAUGAUGGGAUGCCCAGCUGUGAUGGAAUGUGCAGCUCCUUCACAGGCCCCUGGGCGCCCUCCGUGGCGCCGAACUUCCAGAUGAGGACCGACAACGAGCCCGACAUUUCGGAAGUCGAGGCAGAUUGGUAUCGACACGACUCGAAGUCUCCAAGGCUGUCGAUGGGCAACUACAGCUUGCCGGACGAAAGCUCCCCACCCUUGCCGCCGAAUGGCUUGAUGCACCAGGUGUACGAGCGUCGGCUCGAGCAUUUCCUGAAGAACGUGCAGGCACACUCUGGCAAGCUCAGGAAGUGCGUUGCUGGCCGACGUGAGAAAGCAGGCAUGGUCGAUGAAGACACGAUGUCCAGUACCGGAUGGUUCAACCGGGCCAGAACCGGGGUGCAGGGUUUCGUCCGACAGAUCAGCUAA